UUCUCAACUGCGCCUACCCACGCCAGGUCCUCAGUCUUGAACACACUGCGUCGUAGAGGUAAACAUCUGUUUUAAGACUUGUAGGGGGAAAUCAAUACGGAAUUGAAAACAUUGAGACAGUCUUGAUACAGAAAUCUGCUCGUUAUAAUUGGAUUUGUGUAAACGAACUUGAAUUUAAAUGAUAUCAUGUAAGUAUAAAGAUAUAAUGUAAGUAUAAAGAUAUCAUAUUAGUAUAAAGAUAUCAUAUAAGUAUAAAGAUAUCAUGCAGGUAUAAAGCUAUCAUGUAAGUAUAAAGAUAUCAUGUAGGUAUAAAGAUAUCAUGUAAGUAUAAAGAUAUCAUUUAAGCAUAAAUGACCUUUCGAUACGUUCUAUUUGUAAAACACGGAUAGAUUCAAUUCGUCACCUUAAAUGAAAUUUAAAAGUCAAAUGUAUUUUGUAUUUAAAAUUGAAUCAAUAUCUUCCUGCUGUUUACAUCAUACUGGCAUGCCAAGGCUGGAGAAACUAGAGUUGUUGACGUCCUCGGUGGCCGUGAAAUAUGCUGCCCCUAAUUCUCAAAUACUGAAAUGCUUACAAUUUAGCUUAAAAAGUAUGUGAAGCGUGCCGAAAAUUCCGCCCCCGAAAUAUGUGCGCCCCGGGCUCAUCUGCCCCUUUCAGCACUUCUUCAUAUUCCCGAGAACGAAAUUGUGCAGGUCUGUACUCUCUACACAUUAAGCAAAAGAAUCAUAUUAAUAGAAGCAUGGCGUGUAUAGGGAAGGCUGCGACUAUUCGGACCCGGGUACCAGAAGUGAGAGGUUGGGAUUUAAAAAAAAAAUAAAAAUAUUAUUUUGGCUUUGUAAGACAAAAUGAGGUAUCAAAUAAAAGGUAAUUGAUUGGACUUUAUGUUUGUAAACUUACUUCUUCCGUUUAACUAAGAUAAACGACCACAAAUGACAUCCGAAUAGCAUUGAGUUUAAUGGGACCCGGGUGCGAAUAGCGGGUAUGCGUGUCCGGGUACCUCAUGUUGUCUUACAAACCCAAAAAUAAUAUUUUAAAUCGUUUUUUAAUCCCAACCUCUCGCGUCUGAUACCACUUCGUAUAGGUAAUUUCAUACAACUUAAUGAAGAAAUUGAUAUUUAAGUUUACGGACCCGUCUUAUCAGCACAGUAAACAUUGUUAUAGCAUGUAGCUAUAUGUAGCACCUGUUAUUUACCAUUAAGCGAUAAUAAUGACAGCAAAAACCAGAUCUGCGUAUCUCUACGAGAAUCAACAAUGUCAAACUCAAAUAAUAAUAAUAAUCUUAAUAAAAUACUGAGUUGUGUGUUGGAUACAAUAUAAGCAGCUCGUAAAUAUACUAUCAAUUUUUAAAAAUAUUUUUUUAAGGAUUUAAAAAAAAAAAAUAGGAAUAGUAUUUCAGGCCUUAAAAAUGUCUUCAGUCACAAAAUCCGUGGUUGUGUGUGUUGAUAUCUGAUCUUCCAUUCUCCUAAGCUCUAUUUGUUGAUUUAAUGUUACGUCCGGUUCGAAACAAGUAGAGAUGUUUGACUACAGCUACAGCCCUGUUUUGUAAUGUGUGUCAUGCCUUGGGACAAGUGUCAAGACAUUGUGACACACUCUGUCUCACACAAACGCACACACAAACACUUUCACACACAGACACACACGCACGCACGCACACACAGACAUGCAUGAAUAAACAUUUACAGUUACACACACAAACACAAACACAUACACAAACACAAACACAUACACAAACACAAACACAUACACAAACACAGACACGUGCACGCACACGCAAGCACAGCCACACCUAUCCGAGGAUGUCUUUCAAAGCAGAAGGCAAUUGAUUUCUUUUUGAGCCGUGACUCGCUAAAAGAUUGCCUUUUGUUAAUGACAAGAUGAUCACAUAUUAAUGUUACAUCGACAGGUUUGACACCCAUACGUUAGUAUUGAAUUGACAUCAAGCUUCUAAACUCGUCAAAGUAACAUUCCAGUGUGGUCACAGUGAGCUUCAUGUAGCACUCAACAUCGUAAGGCUUAAACGUAGAAAGAGAAUGAGAGAUUGUGUCAGAGCAGAUGGAAGAUAAUCGAAUAUGAGUUACAGCAAUAGUGGCGUAGCCAGUGUUAGUACAAGCCGAGGGGGGGUUCAAGAUUCCCCCCCCCUACCCCACUUUUUACACGAAAGCUCACCGCAGUUGGCUGAAAAUACCAGCCAUCCAUAUUAAGGCACAAAAUCACGCCCAGGGCGGAUUUCCUUCUCUUAAACCAGUGGUUCUUAAUAUGGGUUCGAUUGAACCCCAGGGGUUCGGUGAGUCAGUCUCAGGGGUUCGGCGGAGGUCCAAACAAAAUUAGAAAAAAAAUCAUAUUUUAUUUUUUUCUAUUAAGAUGGGUUCGGUGAAUGCGCAUAUGAAACUUGUGGGGUUCUGUAUCUCCAAAAUGGUUAAGAACCACUGUCUUAAACUGUUUCCUACGUCACUGCACUGAAAUGCAUGGUUAACAAGUAUUAAAAGAAGAGACAUCACUAUAAAAAUGGCCUUGUUCGGGCUGUCAUGUUUAAAUAGAAAUAGUGGUUAUAGUGGUAAUAAUCCCGGGCCUAAAAUACAAACAAAAGUAACAUGUACUACAAGCAAAUUUGCUUUCAGAAUUUUUUUUAACUCAUUAGAAAAAUGUUAAUAAAUAGACGCAAACUCCCCUCUUAUGUGAAAUUGUGUCUUCACACGACACGGUCAGCUGAUAACUAAGAACCUGUAUUUAACAAGUUCAUGUGACAUUUGUGUCCAACCUCCACUCUUAAAACAUGUUCCCCCCAUGACCUGGGCGUAUGUCCUUACUUAGGGCGGACACCUUUCGUUGUAGUGGUUCAAUGUUAAGAUCACGACGACUAUGCUACCAAUGUUUAUAUUAAAGAGCAAUGAACAUAAACUAACCCACCUCCCCCCCCCCCAAAGAAAAAAUAUCUUUACUCUAAAAAAGAACACAAACAUGCUACUUAUUCUUUGUUGUUCUUUUUUUUUUCUCAAGGACCAUUCAUGGAUCCAUUCACUCUGCGGCGUCUCGCUGUUACAUAUCUAUUAAUAGUUAGUUAUGGGAUUAACACAAGCAUUGUACCAGGGUACACACAUAAAAGUAAGAAAAUAAUAGCCGAUUACUUAGAAUUAGAGCGUGAAUUCGCUGAGAAAUAUAUUUCGAGGCAAACCCGUCUCUUUCUUUGCGUGUGAUUCUGCAGCUGUGUACACAUGCACUUGGCUGGAAAUGUCUUAUGAAUUCAAUAAUAAAUUUAAUGUCCAAGCAAUGCCAAAAUCAUGUCCAACACGUAAAACCUCGAAGCCCUUUCAGGCCAGUACUUUAUUUCUACGUGGUGGAUUACGCUUUUAGUGCAAGGAAAAAAAAUGAAUGAAUUAUUUCCAAGUUGACGUACGUUUGUGAAGGUAUAUCUUUGAGCUGAACAAGUCAUACGGUGACUAAGCAGACUUCGUUUAGAGCAAAUGUCAUUAUAAGGGGACGCAAUUCUGCUUUACAUAAAUAGCUCAGUGAUAGCAGUGGUAUUUCGUGAGCCGUAUUGUUUUGGGCGAUCUAGCCAACCACGACUUUGAUAAUCUUCUUAAUUCUCGUUAUUUAACUUCAUUAUCGGUGUUCGUCAACUGCACACAAUUUGAUAGGAGAGCACUAGAUUACUGUAAUGAAACAUUGAAAUACAUACUUCGUAUGUUUUGCCAUAAAUAAAUGUUUAAUCUUCAAAGGUUAGGUUCUUCAAAUUACUCAAAUGAUUAGAUAACUCCCUGUAUUUAAGAUCAAUGUGUUCACACCUUGAAUAAUGUGAUUGUGAUUAGAUAUUCUGCUUUCAGAAAAACCAAAAACUCAGAAAAUGCGGAUUCUAUUCUCAGUCCUGCACACCAUGGCGUGCACACAAGCGUUCGUUGUCUUCAGCUUCCUCAACCAGAAAAACACCAAGACCAGCCCAGGGGACGAGUUGAGAUCCUUCACAUUGGAUUUGACGGGCUCUCGUAUGUAAGUGUUUGGGGUUAUCAGUAGCACAUCCCACUUGCAUGGGAGAGGAGAGUAUCUUUCUUGCUUUUGACAUGUCAUUAACACCUAUCAAAAUAACUUUAUUGAUAAUUUAGGGGGGAGAAGAGUUAAGAUAUAGCUCCCCACUACAAGAACUACAUAGGAUUCACUAUUAAGCUUAAGAAUUUUUUUUACUGUAUCAUUUUAAUUUUUCACAUAGCUUACAGUGAGAUCUGUCUAAACUGAUCAGUUUAAAAAUUUUUAUCUUACUCAACACAGGUAAACUAACUUUAAGCAAAUAUUUUGUUAAUUGUUUUGUUAAAGGAUAGUCAUUAUGUCUUCGUUUUGCAAGUUUUGUGCCCCUGUGCCAUGUCUUGCCACACCUUACUUACGACUCUGAUAAGAUAUUCAAUUGUCUUUGAACCCAGCUUUUCUGUUUCACUAUCUCAGAUUCCUUCACAUGAAAGGUAGUAGUUAACAUAUUUUCUGGAAACAAAUUACUGAGCAGGAUUACAACUAAUUGUUUAAUCUGGUGUGAUAGAACCCAAAAAAUUACUUUAAAUUUACGCUUGUCACCAACUUGCUUGGUUAUUCUUCCCCAGAGUUGAAAACGUGUGCAAGGGAACUCACGGCACGGGCGUUAUAUUCCGACUGGAUCCCAAACAACAAACGAUGACAGUCGUUGAGAAAGACGACGACCCCAACAGGGAAGCCAAAGUCAAAUCGUGUCUGACCACAGACGCCGAAUCUUCACAAUGUAAUUAUUGCGGGACUGACUUGUGCCAGUGGGCCGUCUCCAUCCCGUGCCACACCAGGGCAGGCACUUCCAGAUGGGACACGACGCUUGAGAUAGACGUUGCCCUGGACCAAGGAAACGUCACGCUGUGCAAUGUCAUGUGUUUGGACCUGGGCUACUUUGACGAGGAAAAGGAAGGUGGGGGGAAUGGUAUAACGUAUGAAGUAACUGGGAUGAUCGUUGGUGGAAUGCUUGUGUUGCUGGGCCUUGUACCCCUCAUCGGCGUGGCUAUAUUUGUGUUGCUAAUGAAACGGAGAUAGACUAACUCCUUCCGUUUUUUUCUUUUUGAAUCACUAUGUUGGAAAAUGACGUUUAUUUAAGCCGCGUGCAAGAACGUGAGCUUGAAAAAGUGUUCAGAUAUAUAUAUAUAUUAUAUUAGGCAAUAAAAUGUAUGUCUCUGGUAUUUUAGAACAUUUUAACUAUGGCUAAAUAUAUCGAUACAUUUGAAAUAUGUUCAAAACAUGUUUGCUUGUCUAUUUUUAGUUUGGCAGUUUUGCCAUUACUUUUGUAACAAAAUGAGUCUGUAUUUUAACAAUGCUAAUUUUCUUCGCUUUAAAAGAUUCUAUAAAUAUAUGCUGUUCUGUAUACUCAUCAUGGCAUGGAAGGCUUGUGAAUACACGAGUUAUAUAGAUACCAUUCUUUGUAUUCUUACUCCGAGGUUUUGGUUACAAUGGUAUGAACAAUUAAUGAAAGCAUUAAAAAAUACUUUAAUGUUUGAGUUUGACCCAGCAACCUUGAAAGAUUUUUUUUUUUAAAUUGAUCAAUAACCUAUUGUCGAUUGUUUCCGAGAGCUUUUUAAAUUAACUCUUUGAGUAAUUGAAUAAUUCAACUUAAACUCUUAAUAUUUCACUGUUCACAUUCAAAUAUUAAUUUAAAUGUUUGUUAUUCAGUGCCUCUGUUACUAACUCAUGUUUGUUAUUCAGUGCCUAUGUUACUAACUCAUGUUUGUUAUUCAAUGCCUCUGUUACUAACUCAUGUUUGUUAUUCAGUGCCUCUGCUACUAACUCAUGUUUGUUAUUCAGUGCCUCUGUUACUAACUCAUGUUUGUUAUUCACUGCCUCUGUUACUAACUCAUGUUUGUUAUUCAGUGCCUCUGUUACUAACUCAUUGAAACGUGAGCAGCCGAUGAUUACGCCUUCAACACUUAUAUCAAUCCCGUCAUAAGGACAGAUUCCACAGAUCUGAGCGCAUCUUUAAACUAUUCUUGGCUGAAAACCGGUUGAAGUGUAUUUUUCAUUCAAUAAUCCUAAAUUUGAUACUGACCCAACAACUUUGAUACAGAAUAUGGCUAUGUUUUGGUUUAUUUCUUUUUAUUUAAUAUCCAUUCUGUGUUAAACUGAUAUCUCGGAUUGAGUUAUUUACAAUUGUAUACUAAUUUUUCAUGUGCUUUCAGAAACACUAUUUUUUUUUUACAAGAUGUAUGUAUUUAUUUUCCAAUACUAUACUUUAACGCCAACAUCACAAUGGUGUACCCUAUUUCGGGGAAUACAUGUAAUAAAUAAAAGGAGAAAUAAAAGCUCA